ACUACCAACCCAUUGGAACUGACAUGGAGGGUCUGGAAUCACAGGUGUACAUCGCAACGUACCUGAGUACAGAUGUGUACGAAUGUACCAUCAACAACACCCCUAUUAUGAGGCGUUGUAACGACAAUUGGGUUAAUGCUACUCAAAUUUUGAAAUGUUGUAAUUUCCCCAAGGCAAAGAGAACAAAGAUCUUGGAAAAGGGAGUACAACAAGGUCUUCACGAGAAGAUUCAAGGUGGAUAUGGAAGAUUUCAAGGGACUUGGAUUCCAUUAGAUGACGCCCAACGACUUGCAGCAAGUUAUGGAGUUACUCCUGCCCUUGCACCCGUGCUUUACAUUGAUGUGCUGGAUCCGAACUUGGUGAUACCCAAAAGGACCAAGCAAGUCAAUAAGGAUGGGACACCAAUCAAGAGGAAAUAUACCAAAAAGCUAAAGAAAGCAGAAGGCACACCAUCGAAGAAACCUAAGAUUGACGAUCCUGAAACUACGCCUAUGUAUUCGGCCACAAAUCAGGAUUCUUUCAACUCUUUGGCUAGUGGGCAUUCACAGAUUUCGCAACUGUCAAUAGGGCAAACUCCACAACAAGGGGUACCAUUCCAAUUGCAACGGCAACACCAGCAACACCAGCAACAAUUACCACCACAACAGCAACAACUUCAUCAACAGCCUAUGCCACAUAACUUUACGCAAGCUGAUUUUCUUGCACUUGGAAACGCCAAUGUACCUACGUUUACGGCGCACAACCAAGCAAUUCAGUCCGAAUUUCAGAAUUAUCAAGCACAAUAUCAACGAUUUCAGCAGCAACAGCAGCAGCAACAGCAGCAGCAGCAGCCACAACAUCAACAGCAUCCUCAUCCGCAUCAACAGCUCCUGCUCCAACAACAACUCCCCCCACAACAACUGCAGCAACAGCUUAUUGGACACCCACAGCAAGGGCAGAAGUUUUUCAAUCCUGGAUCAGUGCCCUUUACCUCAUUUCCGGCUGGAAUUCCUCAAAAUCAAAUCAUAGGGCAUUUCCAGCAUACAGCCCAACCACUGUCACAAUCGACAAAUGAAACGAAUUGGUCACAUGAUGAAAAUAAUAAGGAGUCUGAUACUUCGGUUUCAUCCAAUGAUGAUACGAACAAUACAAUCACCAAGAGCAAAAUAAUAUCAGCCAAUGAUUCCAGUAUGAUCACUACAGCCGCAGAUAAUGUGAAUAGUCCAAAAGUUGAAGGUGAAGAUGAUGAAAAUUCGUACUCUGCUCAACUUUUACGUUUCUUCAGUGAAGAUAAUAGUCAGAUUCCUUAUUUCAUUCACAAUCCACCAUAUGAUUUUAAUAUUAAUGAAGCCAUUGAUGACGAAGGUCACACACCAUUACAUUGGUCUGCCUCCAUUGGUAACUAUGCCAUGAUCCAUAUACUUAUAGCCAAAGGAGCCAAUCCAUUAGUGGUAAACAAUUUUGGUUUAAAUCCAUUAUCAAAAUUAGUUCUGUUCAACAAUUGUUACGAAUUAAAGAACUUCCCCAAGGUCUUAGAUGAUCUUGAGUUAUGUUUAAUUAACACUGAUAUCAAUGGUAGAACUCCAUUACAUUAUUUAUGUCAAUUCGUUAAAGUGAAGUCAAAAUAUGAAAGUUUAAGAUAUUAUUUGGAUAUUGUUUUAGGCAAAUUGACUUCAUUAUCCAAUCGUGGGAGUCAUAAUACAAAACAAGUGAAUCUAUUAAAAAAUGUUAUCGAUCAUCAAGAUGUUAAUGGUGAUACUUGUUUACAUUUGGCUGCUAAAUCUACUUCAAGUAAGUUUGUCAAAUUAUUAUUGAGCUAUGGGGCUCGAGAUGAUUUGCUUAAUGUGAAUAAUGAAACAGCAAAUUCAAUCAUAAUGAACUACAGUCUAUUGAAUGGAGGAGGGGAAGGCUUUUCUGAAAGAUCUGUUGUUCCAACAGCUCAACAACAAUCAAGAAUAUUGGCCACGCCUGUACAACCAACCUAUACUAACCGAGUGGAAACACCAGACACUCAAAGAACUACGGUCCAAGACGACGACAUGGAUGACGAUGAUAUAAAUGAAUAUGGAUUGGAUGCAAGGGUUUCUAAAGAACAAUUGAAUCAAUUGAAUAUCAAUGAAGACAAUAAAGAGAACAUUUUCAUUGAUGAUUCCUUGAAAGCAUUUGACCCAGUGAGCACUCCAACUUCAAACAUGAAAAUUCAAAACUUACCACAACAACAACUAGCUGUUAUCAAGGAAACUACAGUUGAAAGCACACCAAUACGAAAUGAUGAAAAAAGACAAUUACAUUCUGGAUUGGAAACUUCAAUUAUUAAAUCACAUGAACCUAAACCACCUGCAUUGGAUGCAGAUGGAAAUAUAUUGCAUGAACAAGACAAUGAGAAGGAAGGCCAAGUAGACGAAUCUCCUACAUUGGAUUCAAUCAAGGGUAAACUUCCAAUGGGAGAUUUAUCAUCAAUGAUAAAUGGAAUGAUAAAUUCGUUAUCCAGUUCAUACAAGGGAGAAGAUUUAAAUUUGGAGAGCCAAAUUAAUAAUGUUAACAAAGAAUUAAGAAUGAAGAAUGAAACACUGAAUGAAGCCAUAUCUAAGAUGAGCUCCAUGCUUGUGAAGUAUGGAUUUCAAGAGAUUAAAGAUUUACAGGAGGGACAGAAAACUGUAGUGGAAGAGAUUGCUCAAUUUGAAGAAGUUGUCGACGACAAGGAAGCUGCAUUGCAUAGAAGUUUAGAGAAAAACCAAGCUUUCCAAUUAGCUAGUUUGGUUCAAGAUAAGGAAAAUGAUGUAAAAGUUGACGAGGAAAGCGAAGAUUCCCCAAAUAAAUGGGAAGUUGCUAUUAACCUCACCAAAAUGCAAUUAGAGAGAAAUAAAUUGCUUGGAGAAAUUACUAAAGGAAUGAGAUUUUAUGGAAUUGAUUCUAAAAUGUACAAAUACCGGAAACUUAUUAGUUUAAGUUGUGGUCUUAAAAUGGAGGAAAUUGAUGGACUAAUCGACGGGAUUGAAGAAUCCCUUAUGGAAAACUCAUAGUGUAUACUACUUUUUAUUUAGUUUAGCAAAUUCUAUUUAUUUAAGAACGA